CGCCCAUAUACGUGGGGCAGAGCGUCAAUCACCAGAAAAUCAAUGAAUUAAGCUGGCAUUGUUGGAUAUGUGGGCAAAAGUAGACCACCAGUCCGCCACAAUGUCACGCGAAAGGGCGCGGCGAGGUGUGUACACUUACCAUGCCCCGGAAGUGAAGAGCGCGAUAUUGAGGGCGUACGAGGCUAGGGAAGAUUGGGUAGGGGUUGCCCAAUCGUUGAAGGUGAAUCCCAAAACAUGUCGAAAUUGGAUACGAGAGUGGCUGUCGAAGAAACCGAGAGGGAAACACGGUGGCGCACGUCAUUAUGCUCUAACAGAUUCCCACUUGGAUCGCUUAGUGGAAUGGGUGUCUGAAGAUCCAUCAGCCACACUUGACGCACUACGUUCACGUCUGAAAGGUGUGUUCGAUGUGAAGGUGUCCAUUACCACGGUGUCACGUUACCUUGAUGGGAGAUUGAUACUGGUGCAGAAGUUGCACAGGAGUGCGGAGUGCGAAAAUUCGCUGGAGAACAAGCAACGGAGGAAGGCGUACGUGUUGGAAUUGAUGAAGUUGGAAUCGGAAGGGCGACAGAUAGUAUGGAUCGAUGAACUGAAUUGGAAACUGUGCAAUCCUCGUGCCAGGGGACGUAACGCGCGCGGUUUCUUCAGAGAAUACAGCACUAUAACUGAUCGAGGUCCAAAUGUGCACAUCGUGGGUGCGAUGACGAAGGAGGGAUUAAUUGCACUUUCUCUUGUCCGUGGUGAUUAUUCCGAGGAGAUGUGUGCAGAAUGGUUGCGUGAGCUCCUAGACACUACGGGUCGGGCGUUGCUCGAUGGUUGUGUGCUGGUUUGUGACAAUGCUGCGUACCAUGCUGGACUGGAAUUGGUACUGGAGGAGAGGCAGUAUCACAAGAUCUGUGUGGUGCGUCUUUCUCCCUAUUGUCCAUCCUUGAACCCGCUUGAGGGUGUGUGGAGUAUCAUUCGACCGCGUGUGCUUGAAACAAUGUGGCUACGACGUUCAGAGAUACUUGGUGGUGUCCCCGAUAGUGCUGCCUCCAAAACUGAAUGGAGGAUGCGAAUGGUGGAGGAUGCAAUGAAGGAUGCAGAAUGCUUUUUAACUGCGAACUACUGUGAACAGAUGGUGCAACUUGUGAUGAAGAACCAUACUCGAGCCUUGUAUCUAACCGAUUUGUAGCUAAUAUUUUUAAUCACCGACAAAUUUGUAAAUAAUUUUAUCUUGUUGGAUGUAUUUUGGAAUUACUUGAAUCAUCCGUGACCGAGUUUCUGACCCCGUGUCGCAAUUGUUUUUGGGUCAUCCGGUAAUGAGGACGAGUUUGUUUUGGAAGCGCUUUCGGGUAUGUCCGAUAUCAUCACUUCCGAAUUCGUGGCAACGUGAAG